UCCUCAAUUAGUUACAUGAAUGUUGCAGAUUUCUUUUGAUUUUGAGUUGCGGUAUGUGGAGAAUAGCCAAAACCUACUACAAAAUUGGAUAAACUACUCAGUUUUCGCUAAAGAAGUAUAUCAUGAAGCCUCUGGAGUUGUGGAUCCAAUAAAUAAUGGUUGGAGCUCAGAAGUGCAGACUUUUCUGUAUUUUCUUAAACUGUUACCUUUCACCACAACUGCAACAAAGUGUAGUUUAGCGAAAAGAGUUUCAUAUAAAGUGUCUGAAAGCAAUUUUAUUACAUUUGCAAACCACUACUCGCCUAUAGAAGAAAUAGCUGCUGCUACAAGUCAUCCCUCUAUACUUGCUGUUGGGCCUCCUAACAAAUUAGCAAUACUCAAUAUUUUCUGGCCGUUGAUGGUAAGAAGUUAAGUCUACCUACGUCGUUCAGUUUCCUUGAAUCAUUUGAUUUGUAUUUCAAGACAUUUUAUAUAUUCAAUAUUAAGUUUUAUCCGACACUCACAAGCUUUUUAAAU